CGGCUCCGUCUGCGCUGCCCGGCGCUGCCGCCGACGCGCGGGAGGCGAGGAGAAUCCCAGCGAGGUGAAUCCCAGCGAGGAGAUCAAGGCACACGGUGCAGUCUUCUCAGGGAAGAUGUCGUCCGUGACAACGAAAACCCGUUGUGUGGACAAAAGAGGAAGUUUCUUUAAGCUCAUUGACACAAUUGCCUCAGAAAUCGGAGAACUGAAACAGGAGAUGGUACAGACAGAUCUCACGGUGGAGGAUGAAGCCACUGAUUGGCAAAGCCUAAUAAAGGACAUGGGUAAUGUCUGUCCUGAGAAAAACGAUGUAAAAAGCUGCCCCCGGGACUCAGGAUAUGACAGCCUAUCCAACAAGCUGAGCAUAUUGGACAAGCUCCUGCAUACGCACCCUGUGUGGCUGCAGCUCGGCCUGAGCGAUGCUGAAGCCGUGGAAAUUUUGCAGACACAGCCUCCUGGGAUAUUUCUGGUUAGGAAAUCUGCAAAGCUGCAGAAGAAAGUAAUCUCUCUGCGUCUGUCCGGUGACUGUGGGUCCUGCCUGAAAGAAUUUGCCAUAAAAGAAAGUACAUACACGUUUUCCUUGGAGGGGUCUGGAAUAAGUUUUGCUGAUUUGUUCAGACUCAUUGCUUUCUACUGUAUUAGCAGGGAUGUCCUUCCAUUCACACUGAAGUUGCCUCAUGCUAUUGCUGCAGCAAAGACAGAAGCUCAACUUGAAGAGAUUGCUCAGCUUGGACUGAACUUUUGGAGCUCCCUGGCUAACAGCAAACCCCCGGAUCCUUCACCUCCUUGUAGGCCCGUGCCUUCGGACAGUGCUCGCAAAGACUCACGCCAGCUCUGCCUUAUAAAUGGAGUGCAUUCUAUACGAACCAGAACGCCUUCGGAGCUGGAGUGCAGCCAGACCAACGGAGCGCUGUGCUUCAUUAAUCCCCUCUUCUUGAAAGUGCACAGCCAGGAUGUCAGCGGAAGCCUGAAAAGGCCGAGCCCGAGAGCUCCAGACGUGAACGGCACCGCCAGGCCUCGCUCCCCCCCGCCCCGGCCGCCUCCUCCCGCUAUUAAUAGCACCCUCACGAGCCCGCAGGUUUCCAGGACUAUAAAGCAGGCGAGCAUGCCAGAAACAGCCAACUGUCAGAAGGAGAGAGGCUCGGAUUUGCUGCACAGCAAGCCCACCCCGAUUCCGCCUCCGCGGCUGAAGAAGCAGGCGGCGUGCUCGGAGGCAGACGGAGCCUCCAGGAGCGCGGCGGCGGCGCUCCGACCCGGAUCCACGCGCGCGCCCGAGCCGGCCGCCGCUCCAGGCGAAACCCUGCCCCAGCCGGCCCUGGCAGCUCCCAGAAAGCCAGCUGCCAUCUGUGAGUCACACAUCCCGUGGGAUGGAGGCCGGCAGAGACUGAGCGACAUGAGCAUUUCCACCUCCUCGUCGGACUCGCUGGACUUCGAUCGGAGCAUGCCGCUCUUCGGCUACGAGGGGGACACCAACAGCAGCCUGGAGGACUUUGAGGGGGAGAGCGACCAGGAGAGCAUGGCACCCCCUCUGAAGCCCAAGAAGAAAAGAAGCAGCUCGUUCGUUCUCCCCAAGAUUGUGAAAUCUCAGCUGCGGAAAGUCAGCGGGGUUUUCAGUUCCUUCAUGACCCCCGAGAAGAGGAUGAUUAAGAAAAUUGCGGAGAUGUCCCGGGACAAACGCACCUAUUUUGGAUGCUUAGUGCAGGACUAUGUCAGCUUUCUCCAAGAAAACAAGGAGUGCCACGUUUCGAGCACCGAUAUGCUGCAAACAAUUCGUCAGUUCAUGACCCAAGUCAAGAACUAUCUGUCCCAAAGCUCCGAACUCGAUCCUCCAAUCGAAUCACUCAUCCCUGAAGACCAAAUAG